CAGAGGUAAUGGGAGAAGGAAUCAGUAAGCAGCUCUGAGAAGAGCUUUCUGAGGGCCUGAGCCUCUAGGGGUGGGAGGGGUGCUCCCCCAGAAUGGCCAGAGGAGGUGGACGGUCCUGAAUGUCAAGAUUUAAGAGAUGCUGCCCGCUUCCUGCUGCGGCUGAGGCUUUGGGCAGUUGUUUGUCCUCUCCCAAGACUUGAAACCCCAAGAAAGGCCUCAAGGAACGGCGUCAAAUCCAGUCAUUGAACAGGAGUCCAGUGUGAGGCAGAAAAUCCUUCAAGGUUACAUGGCAACUCAGUGCUGGAGCUGGGACCCAGACCCAGCCUUCUUGAUCUGGGAGUCUUUCCUUGCACCUUAGGGAAUCUCCGUGCUCACAUGAAAGGAACAAGUAUAAGGAGACAUUCUCUGGGGCCAGGGGUGCUGAACACAGGACCUCCAUGCCUUAGUCCACCUUGUCUCUGGCUUUAGGGAUUCCCUUUUUUAUAGGAAGACCACUGGCCCGGGGCAGACUGGGCAGAGGCCAGCGUUCCUGAGCCCUGAGGAGACAUCCAGAAAUAGGUGGGGGAGUGUCACAUUUCUGAGCAGCUGUGUGGCGGAGGUACAAUAUAAAGGAGGAACCUGACCUCCCCCUCCCCUGGUGGCCAUCACAGGAGCCCAACACCAGCUUUCCUGCCCUGGAGAAGGCCUAGAUAAGGAAACUGAGACCCAAAAAGAGACAGUAACUUACCCAAGGUCAACUCCAACAUGCAGACUCCUGUUAUGAUGUCUCUGCUGCUUGUGUCCGUGGCCCUCAUGGGAGCACUUCAGGCCCAGAGCCACCCCAUCACACGACGACAACUCUUCUCUCAAGAACGGCCCCUGGACAUGGCCCCAACUUCCUUUGAUGACCAAUAUGCUGGCUGUGCAGCAGCCAUGACCGCUGCUCUCCCAGAUCUCAACCGCACGGAGUUCCAGGCCAACAAGGUGUACGCUGACGGCUGGGUGCUGGGAAGCCUCCAAUGGCAAGAGCGCCGAGCUUGGGGACCACCACCCCCGCCCCCACCCCCACCCCCCGGCUUCCGGGAUGAGCAUGGGGUGGCCCUCCUGGCCUACACAGCCAACAGCCCCCUGUUCAAGGAGUUCAAUGCGGCCCUGCGCGAGGCAGGCCGCACCCGAGCCCAUUACCUCCAACACUUCCCCUUCAAGACGUUCCAUUUCCUGCUGACUGAGGCCCUACAGCUGCUGAGCAAGGCCCAGCGUUCCCCCCGGUGCCGCCAGGUGUUUCGAGGGGUGCAAGGCCUGCGCUUCCGGCCAGCGGGGCCUGGGGCCACCGUCCGGCUGGGGGGCUUUGCCUCAGCAUCUCUGCAAAAUGCCACUGCCCAGAAUUUUGGUAAGGAAACCUUCUUUGGCAUCUGGACCUGUCUCGGGGUCCCUAUCAGGGGCUACUCCUUCUUCCCUGAGGAGGAGGAGGUGCUGAUCCCCCCCUUUGAGACCUUCCAGGUGAUCAACUCCAGCAGACCCGCCCACGGCCCCACCCGCAUCUACCUCCGGUCCCUGGGCGAGCACAGCACAUACAACUGCGAGUACAUCAAAGACAAGCAGUGCAAGUCCAGGCCCUGCCGUCUGGAAAACUCGGCCAUGGGUCAAGGUCCCCUUUCUACAGUCUGGUCCCUUCAACUGCUGCUGUGGUUCCUUGUUGGGGGAGCCUUUCCAGAGAGCUCGGGCCUCCUCUGACCCAUCAGACUCUGAACAGCCCUGCCUGCCACCUCUGCCCAGCAUGAGAUGUCGGCCACAUGUGUGCUUUAAGUGUAGCCAGGAUCCAUAGAAACGCCUCCUGCAGGGAACUCUGGGACCUUCUCUGGCAGCUGCCAGGCCUGACGGUGGAGAAAAAGAAUUUUGGGCCUGAACUUUAUCCAGUGUUCUAGGAGUGAGGUAGCGAAGGUGGGGGUGGGGGGCGCUCUGGGACAGCCAACAACUCACUCAGAGAUGGAAGGUUAAACUUGCUUGGGGGUGGGAGU